AUGCAAGGUAUGGGGCUUGAAAUCACGCUAUUGGAAAUUGAGGGGAUGGAGCAGGGAAGCUCAAUUGGCCAAGUGCCAUGCCAAGCUGACUGGCUCUCCACUGGAGGACUCUCUUAG